AUGCUCUUCAUAACGACUCGUACUUCCGAAAAGAGCGCUGGAACUUCACUAGUGGGAAUGAUCGGGGUUGACAAAGGAGUUGACGAACAGAAAAGGUUUCAGUGGAACAUCUUUGUGAUUUCCAUCUCACAACAAGAAGAGGUGCGGAUCCCGUCUUCUGCGGAUCGCUCAGCAAGGCUGCUAGCCGAAUAUUAUAAUCGCAGAGGUCCAUGCGGCACUUCGUUAGAAUCGUUCUUCUUUGCGUUGCUUCCAGAACCUUUUACUGCCCGUAUUUCGAAAAAAUCCUUCUGCAACACUUUUCUGCAGCUAGUGUUUGCUAUUCUUGUCUAUUUCUUGUCUAUUCUUUUCUCUGCAACAGCCUACAUCAGCAUACCACAAUACAUCCGCCAAAUUCAUCCCACGUUCGAAAAGUAUUACGAACACCGUUUCCCAUACAUACUGUUUUAUCCACCUUCCACACUUGUCAGCUCGGAAACGACCUAUCUCAUUACUUUGAGGAAAGGUGAUGGUCCUAUAUGGGGCAACCCGGUUCACUAG